UAACAGCCCGCUGUCAGUCAGCACUUUUUGGAAAUUAUAAGAAAAAAAAUAGAUCGAUGGUGGAGUGUGCUGCUGCGAGAUAAUUUACUUUAUUCUAAAAUUCUAUACAAAUCUCAUAUAAACCAAUAAUAGAUACUGUUUAUUAUACGUUAUUUACGAUUAAGUGCAUUGAAUUAAAUCAACAAAAUGGGAAAUGAGAACUCCAUCCCAAUGGAACUCUGUUCCAAUUCGCGUGUUAACUGCCUUGAUUUCAAGGUGGAGAACUUCGAUGCGGACGAGAUCCGGCGGCUGGGCAAGCGGUUCCGCAAACUGGACUUGGACAACUCGGGUGCGCUGUCUAUCGACGAGUUCAUGUCGCUACCCGAGCUGCAGCAGAAUCCACUUGUGCAGCGCGUCAUCGACAUCUUCGACGCUGAUGGCAACGGAGAGGUGGAUUUCAAGGAGUUCAUCCAGGGCGUAUCGCAGUUUAGCGUGAAGGGCGACAAGCUAUCGAAACUACGGUUCGCGUUCCGUAUCUAUGAUAUGGACAACGACGGGUUCAUCUCUAACGGCGAACUCUUUCAGGUCCUAAAGAUGAUGGUGGGCAAUAACCUGAAGGACACGCAGCUGCAGCAGAUCGUGGACAAGACGAUCCUGUUCGCGGAUAAGGACGAAGAUGGCAAGAUUUCAUUCGAAGAGUUCUGCAAUGUGGUGGGCAAUACGGACAUCCACAAGAAGAUGGUGGUGGAUGUGUAGAUGUGCCCCGCGCCCCGCGCCUCGCCUCUCGCCACUGUCAUCUGUCUCUAGCUAGAACACUAUUAAAAUCGCGCGUCGCCGUCUACCGUCAUUUGCUACCGCGCCGCUCGUUCCCACGGAACACUACAAGUAGACUGUGAAUUUACUCUUGAAUACCGAGCCGAUAGUACAUGUUUAGUGCCAUACCACAAUUUAAUACGCCGCACACGCUGCUAACGCGCAAUAGUUAUUAGGCACGCUCCAAAUGGUUAAUCAACAUCAGAAGUCGUUGGACAAGCUUCGUGGCAAGUUUGCGACAAAUUUUUUUGCUAAAGACUUAAACAGACGACGCUAUUUUUGUUCUUUUGUCUUUCAAGUCUUCAAUGACUUCUGCUGUUCAGCGCGUGCUUAUCUAGGUGUACACU